AAUGAGUGAUUUUGAUGAAAACUUCAUCGAAAUGACGUCGUAUUGGGCUCCACCAUCCAGUCCUAGCCCAAGAACGAUAUUGGCAAUGCUGGAGCAAACCGACAAUGGUCUGAAUCCAAUCAGUGAGAUCUUCCCUCAAGAAAGCUUGCCAAGAGAUCAUACUGAUCAAUCUGGACAAAGAUCUGGUCUUCGUGAGAGACUGGCUGCAAGAGUAGGAUUCAAUCUUCCAACACUCAAUACAGAAGAAAACAUGAGUCCUUUGGAUGCAUUUUUCAGGAGCUCGAAUGUUCCUAAUUCUCCUGUCGUUGCAAUCUCUCCAGGAUUCAGUCCAUCAGCACUAUUGCAUACUCCCAAUAUGGUCAGUGAUUCUUCCCAGAUUAUCCCUCCGUCUUCAGCCACCAAUUACGGACCUCUAGAGAUGGUGGAAACUUCCGGUGAAGACAAUGCAGCGAUGAUGAUGUUCAACAACGAUCUUCCUUAUCAGCCGUACAAUGUUGAUCUGCCUUCUCUAGAAGUCUUUGAUGAUAUUGCAACGGAAGAGUCCUUUUAUAUCCCAUCUUAUGAACCUCAUGUUGACCCAAUUGGAACUCCUUUAGUCACAUCCUUUGAAUCUGAACUCGUUGACGAUGCCCAUACCGACAUCAUCUCCAUUGAGGACAGUGAGAGCGAGGAUGGAAACAAAGAUGAUGACGACGAGGACUUCCAAUACGAAGACGAAGACGAAGACCAAUACGACCAAGAUCAAGAUGUAGAUGAAGAUGAAGAGGAAGAAAAAGAUGAAGACAAUGUUGCAUUAGAUGAUCCUCAACCUCCACCUCCAAAGAGAAGGAGAUAUGAGGUAUCAAACAUGAUUGGAGCCACAAGAACAAGCAAGACACAAAGGAUCAUACUUCAGAUGGAAAGCGACGAAGACAAUCCUAACGAUGGUUAUCGCUGGAGAAAAUACGGUCAGAAAGUCGUCAAAGGAAAUCCUAAUCCGAGGAGUUACUUCAAGUGCACAAACAUCGAGUGCAGAGUGAAAAAACAUGUGGAGAGAGGAGCAGACAAUAUCAAGUUGGUUGUGACUACAUACGAUGGGAUACACAACCAUCCUUCACCACCUGCACGUAGAAGCAAUUCCAGUUCAAGGAACCGGUCUGCAGGGGCAACAAUACCUCAAAAUCAGAAUGAUCGAACCAGUCGGUUAGGUAGGGCUCCUCCUACUCCUACUCCUCCUACUCCUCCUCCUUCGUCUUACACACCUGAGGAGAUGAGGCCUUUCUCUUCGUUGGCUACAGAAAUUGAUCUGACAGAGGUUUAUAUGACCGGAAUCUCUAUGCUGCCGAAUAUACCGGUUUACGAGAAUUCGGGUUUUAUGUACCAGAAUGAUGAACCGACGAUGAAUGCGAUGCCGGAUGGUUCAGAUGUGUACGAUGGGAUCAUGGAACGCCUGUAUUUUAAGUUUGGUGUCGACAUGUAGACA